AUGGCCCCGAGCCGUGUCACUCGCGUGAGGACAUUCUCAGCGAUUACUGCCCACGCCCAGGCGACGAGCAGGCAAACUUCCGUGGACGCCUCCCUUGAGCCGCUCCAGAGGCCCGAGUCGUUCAUCCCCCGCCACAUCGGCCCCGACGUCAGCGACGCCGAGGCCAUGCUCAAGGCGCUGGAUCCUCCCGUGAAGACGAUUGACGAGUUUAUUGCCCAAGUGCUGCCCCCGGAUGUCUACUCCGAGAGGAAGACGUUCGCGUGGGACAAUGAGGGCCCCAUGGACGAGAGCAAGAUUCUGGCCAAGGCGACAGCCUGGGCCAAGGCUAACGAGGCCGCCCCGAAGCCCUUGAUUGGCGCCGGAUACAACCCGAGCGUCACUCCCAGAGUUAUUCAGACCAACGUUUUGGAGAGCCCUGCGUGGUACACCAGUUACACGCCCUACCAGCCCGAAAUCAGCCAGGGCCGUCUCGAGUCGCUCCUCAACUACCAGACCAUGGUCUCUGACCUGACGGGUCUGCCGAUUUCCAACGCCAGUCUUUUGGACGAGGGUACGGCCGCCGCCGAGGCCAUGACCCUGUCCAUGAAUGCGCUUUCCAGCUCUCGCGCGAAGAGGCCCGGCAAGACCUUUGUCGUGUCCGACCUCGUUCACCCCCAGUCCAUCUCCGUCCUGAGGAGCAGGGCUCAGGGUUUCGGCAUCAACGUCGAGGUUGUCGACAUCAGCAGUGCCGAGGAGAAGAUCAAGGAUUUGGGCCAGGAUUUGGUCGGUGUCAUGGUCCAGUACCCCGACACCAAGGGCAAGGUUGAGGACUUCAAGGGCCUUUCCGAUCUCGUGCACUCCCAGGGCGCCCUUCUCAGCGCCGCCACCGAUCUCCUGGCUUUGACGGUUCUCACUCCCCCCGGCGAGUGGGGUGCCGACAUCGCCUUCGGCAGCGCCCAGCGUUUCGGUGUUCCCCUCGGCUUCGGUGGCCCCCACGCCGCUUUCUUCGCCGUCAAGGAGGCCCACAAGCGCCGCAUGCCCGGCCGUCUGGUCGGUGUCUCCAAGGACCGCACCGGCCGCCGCGCCCUGAGAUUGGCUCUGCAGACCCGCGAGCAGCACAUUCGCCGUGAGAAGGCCACCAGCAACGUCUGCACUGCUCAGGCUCUGUUGGCCAACAUGGCCGCGCUGUUCGCCGUCUACCACGGUCCCGAGGGACUGAGGGAGAUUGCGACGCGACUCGUCCGCCUUGCUCGCGGUGUUCAGGCUGUUGCCGAGGCCGCCGGCUUGGAGACCGAGCAGAGCGGAGCCAGCCCCGACGGCAAGGUGCUUUUCGACACUGUCGUCAUCAAGGCUGGCGACAAGGCGCAGAAGAUUCUGGAGGAGGGCAAGAAGGCCGGCCUGGGCUUCCGCGACUAUGGAAACGGCGAUGUCGGUAUUAGUGUUAACGAGCACGUCAACGAGGAAGUGUUCAACACCAUUGCUACUGUUCUCGGCAACGUCACCGGCGCCCAGACCGCCGAGGUUGCGAGCAAGUCUUACGCUGCUCUCACUGAGAGCAUCACGGAGCUUAUUCCUACUACUCUCCGCCGCCAGUCUGAGUACCUCACUCACCCCGUUUUCAACACCCACCGCAGCGAGACGGAGAUUCUCCGCUACAUCCACCACCUGCAAUCCAAGGAUCUCUCUCUGGUUCACUCCAUGAUCCCUCUCGGCUCUUGCACCAUGAAGCUCAACAGCGCCACCGAGAUGGCUCUCAUCUCCCUGCCCGGAUUCUCCACCAUCCAUCCUCACACUCCCGCCAGCGAGCUCAAGGGCUACACCGCCCUUAUUGAGGAACUCUCUGAGCAGCUCAAGGGCAUUACUGCUAUGGACGCCGUCUCCCUCCAGCCCAACUCCGGUGCUCAGGGUGAGUUCGCCGGUCUCCGUGCCAUCCGCAAGUACCUCGAGCAGAAGCCCGACGGCAAGAAGCGCGACAUCUGCCUUAUUCCCGUCUCCGCCCACGGCACCAACCCCGCCUCCGCCGCCAUGGCCGGCAUGCGUGUCGUCCCCGUCAAGUGCGACCCCGUCACCGGCAACCUCGUCAUUGAGGACCUCGAGGCCAAGUGCAAGCAGUACGCCGACCAGCUCGGUGCUUUCAUGGUCACCUACCCCAGCACCUACGGUGUCUACGAGCCCGGCGUCAAGAAGGCCUGCGAGCUUGUUCACCAGUACGGCGGCCAGGUCUACAUGGACGGCGCCAACAUGAACGCCCAGAUCGGCAUCUGCUCCCCCGGCGAGAUCGGCGCCGACGUCUGCCAUCUCAACCUGCACAAGACCUUCUGCAUCCCCCACGGCGGUGGCGGCCCCGGCGUCGGACCCAUCUGCGUCAAGGAGCACCUCGCCCCGUACCUCCCCGCGCGAUCCGCCGACGCCGAGGAGGCCAUGGUCUCCAGUGCGCCCUUCGGCAGCGCCGGCAUCCUCCCCAUCAGCUGGGCCUACAACGCCCUCAUGGGCAACGACGGCCUGCGCCUCGCGACCAAGACGGCCAUCCUCAACGCCAACUACAUCCUCUCCCGCCUCAAGCCGCACUUCAAGAUCCUCUACACCAACGAGAACGGCCGCUGCGCGCACGAGUUCAUCCUCGACGCGCGGCCCUUUAAGGAGACCGCCGGCGUCGAGGCGAUCGACAUCGCCAAGCGCCUGCAGGACUACGGCUUCCACGCGCCGACGAUGAGCUUCCCCGUCGCGAACACGCUCAUGAUCGAGCCGACGGAGAGCGAGAGCAAGGAGGAGCUGGACCGCUUCAUCGACACGCUGAUCAGCAUCCGCGAGGAGAUCCGCGAGGUCGAGGAGGGCAAGCAGCCGCGCGAGGGCAACGUGCUCAAGAUGGCGCCGCACCCGCAGGCGGAUGUUAUUUUGGGCGAUGGCGAGGGCAAGUGGGAGCGUCCGUACUCGCGCGAGAAGGCGGCGUACCCGUUGCCGUUCUUGAGGGAGAAGAAGUUCUGGCCUAGCGUGGGCCGUGUUGACGACACGUACGGCGACACCAACCUCUUCUGCACGUGCCCUCCUGUCGAGGACACCACCCAGGCGUAA